AUGCAGCCCACCGUCCUCCUCCUCGCCCUCGCCGCGGCCGCAGCUGCCCUCCCCCUGGGUACCGCGCCCCGCGACAACCAGAUGCCCGCCCCUCCGGCGGUGGACAACGGGCCCCAGGACGACCACGUCGCCCGGCGGGACAACCACAUGCCCGCGCCCCCUUUCGACGCCGACGCCGACACCAGCGUCGUGGACAUCCCGCAGGACGACAACGAGGACAUCGAGAAGCGGGAUAACCACGCCCCCGCUCCCCCCUACGACGACCCGCAGGCCGUAGAGGUGCAGGAGGAUGAUGGUGAUGACGACGGUCUCGAGAAGAGGGAGAACCACGCCCCCGUUCCCCCCUACGACGACCCGCAAGUCGUCGAGGACGAUAACGACGAUGACAACACCGACAUCGAAAAGCGGGACAGCCACAUGCCCUCCCCUCCCUACGACGACCCGCAAGUCGUCGAGGACAACGACAUCGAGGCCCGCGACAACAACAUGCCCCUCCCCCCCUACGACGACCCCCAAGUCGCCGACGACGACGACAGCACCACCGCCGACAUCGAAGCGCGCGAGAACCCGAUGCCCUCGCCUCCGGUCGACAACCCCGACGUUGCAGAGGACGACAACAACGACGAUGACAGCGACGUCAUCGAGCGACGUGACAGCGUCGAGGCCUUUGACGACGUCGAUGUCCCGGAGGAGGAGGGCGAUGAUGAUGAUGAGGGCGAGAUUGUCGCGCGGGAUUAUGAUGUCUCGGCGUCGCCGGUUGCGGAUGAGGGUGAGGUGUACUGA